GUUUGGAUGGGCUCUCUAUCUGCUAAUCUUCCUGAUGAAGCAGUGAGAUGAUAUUUGGUUGGUGGCACUUCUACCUUGUGAAGGAAACAGGAUUGCAGGGUCAGAUGAUGCAGUUGACCAUGAUGGCUAUGCCAAUGAUGAACAAAGAGCUGCAUUACUUGAAUAGGGAAGAUGGAUUAUUGCGCUGGCUUCUUGUGAAGCAUCGAGACACAAACUAUGGGCUGGAAUUUCUUACUGAAGAAGAUGAGAAGCGUGAACGGAGCAGAUUUCCUCGUAGUUCUCUAUUUGAUGAUGAGGAUGCAGAUAAAGAUGUAGAUGAUGAUGAGGAUGAUGACGACGACGACGAAUAUGAGGUGGACCGAGAGAAAAGGAAAGAAGAAUAA